UGGCUGGUUCUGAUAUCUAAUGUUUCAGCUGCAUGCACCAGCUUUAUCUUAUCUAUCUACACUGUACGAAUGCCCCUCCUUCACCGUCUCGAGCCCCUCACUAGGUCCCCUGAGCUAGACCCCUCCUGUAUUGCUCCCUGUCUAAACCUACCCGCAAAGGGACAGCUCAGCUUGACCGCUUCAACGUUCAACGACACCUCAUCAUUUUUAACUUUCCUCCUCCCGUCAAACACUUUCUCAUUCUCUUCUUCAUUCACUUCUCCAUCAUCAAUCAUCAUGUCUGCUGUCUAUCCUCCCGGUGGUACCAUCGUCCAGUCGCUCAAGCGAACCUUCGCCGACGUUCCUGUCGAUGAGGCCAACGGCAAUGCUGUCUCUACCGUUGAGUUCCUUGAGGCUUCUGAGUCUCUGACCACUAUCUUCGAUGCCAUUGGCGGUGUUGCUUUCGGCCCCGUCAAGAAGGAUAUCCUUGGCAACGUCGAGAAGCUCCGUGCUCGCCACGCCGCUGCUCCCGCCGAGUCCGCGACCGUCCAGGACCUUGUCCGUAACGAGCUCAAGACUGGCAAGCACACUGCCACCGAGGGCUGCCUCUGGCUCAUCCGUGGUCUUGACUUCACCAAGCAGGGCCUCGAGCACAACGUCCAAAACCCCUCCGUCGAGCUCUCCGACUCCUUCCGCGACGCAUACGGCAACACUCUGAAGCCCCACCACAGCUUCAUGGUCAAGCCCAUCUUCAGCGCUGCCAUGUCCGCUGUUCCCUACCGAAAGGACUUCUACGCCAAGCUUGGUGACAACCCUGAGAAGGUCCAGGCCGAUCUCGAGGCUUAUCUCGCUUCCUUCUCCAAGGUCGUUGCCAUCCUCAAGGAGUUCAUCAACAGCAAGGAGGCCAAGUGGUAAACAAAUUCAUGAUAUAUGAGAAAUGUUAGCAUAUCAGCCUGCGACUUGGGCAGAGCUGGUGACGAUAUGUCACGUGUUGGAGAAAACGGCUUGAUUGAUGAGAAUGCUUUUAGCAUCGAGAAGCUAUCCUACAGAAUAUGUCUGGCAGAUUGCGAUAGUAAUAACUGCAGUCUCAGAUUACAAUAACGAAAACGAAUAUACAUGCAUGACCACACAUUUGAUAUCUUCCUGUUGUUGUUCUGAUGAUGCUUACCCUGGACCUACAGCGUGGGCUUCGGCCAACUCAUGAGUGCGAAACAUACAGUCAAAUUAGCAAGGUUAGUAUAAAGUUUCGACUGGCUUGAACAUUCCAUAAAGUCCGAUUUAAUACUCAGUCACACUUGAGUAUUGAAUCAUGAACCCCGUGGCAGUGACAUAUUCUCUCAACGGUCAACACUUCACCUCAAACAUGACUCGUUCCAAAGACUUGGCAUUGAGCAAACAUAACUUCAUGCUUUAUCGUCAAGCCACAUCAAAUUCUCAAAACCGCCACAGAUCAUCACGAAAUGGCUGACACUUUGUGUCAUGACGACCAAGAGAUCGCCAUGAUCACAUACCAGUUCGCCUGAGCCACAUCGGCACUUCGGAGCCGAGCACACCACCCAACGGCCGAACACUAUGUCUGUUUGACGGCAUGGGAAAGUCAUAAAAGCCGAUCUUGGGGUCUAGUAAAGUGUGGCGACGGGCGUUUAAGAAUUUGAAGCUUAUGAUGAUGGCGCUGAGUGAGACGGCGGUGGAUGCUGCUUAUUCUGGCUAGUUAGUUACUUGAUGACAAUUUUUUUAAUCUUGGCAUUCUGAUUGAA